AUGUUCCAUACAUUUGAGGGGUUCGAGAACCCAACGGCAGCAACUCCUGCCCGCAAUCGGGCUACGAGUGAACGGCGUGAGUCGAUCAGUCGCCGUGUGACAACGCUACGUGCUUGCACAUCUUGUCGCCAUCGCAAGAUCAAAUGCGAUGGCGAGAAGCCAUGUGAGGCAUGUCGAUGGUAUAAGAAGUCAGAGCAGUGUCACUAUUCAGACCCGCGGCCUUCGCGAAGACAUGUUGAAAAACUAUCUACAACUCUAGAGGAAUACAGAAGUAUCCUCGACAAAUUGUUCCCCAACUACUCUCCAGAUUCCUUGGUCAAUUUGUCCAGGGAGAAACUUCUCGAACUAACAACUAUCGCGGGGCCGGUCCAAGGUCACCCCCAUCAUGCCGAAUCACCAGCUACUUCGGCUUCAAUAGAGGCCCAUGUUUCGCCUUUGUCAAACGACGAUGACAAUCUCGAGUCUCUGCAAAGCAUGCCGGAGGAGCUGCCAGAUAGCCGCAAUGCUAGCUCCACAGAUCUAGUGGAAGGCGUCUCAGACGACGUUAAUGCGCUGUCUCUGUCAACCCGACAGCCUUCAUCUUAUUUGGGUGUUUCAUCCAUCCAGGCUGCUAUCAAAGUCAUUGUCUGGCUAGACCCAGGCUGUGCGUCUUACUUCUCGCGAACACCUGCGAGUGAGCAAGAGGCGUCUGGCUGGCCACAUCAUACUCCUAUAACACCUCCACAACCAACGAUCCCGCCGUCAGAGAUGCAAAUGCUCGACGCUUAUUUCCUUUAUUUCCAAGCUUUUGCGCCUAUGAUCGACGAGCGAUCUUUCCGCGAGACUUAUUGUGCUGGCCGCCGCAGAGAUGACUACUGGCUUGCCCUAUUGAAUAUCGUUCUCGCUCUGGGUAGCAUCGCAGCUACAGGCCCAGAUGACAUGACGCACCAGACAUAUUUCCUACGAUGCAAGAACCACCUGAGUAUCAGUUCUCUGGGAAGUUCUCACAUUGAAACUAUCCAGGCGCUCGGCCUCAUCGGAGGCUGGUACUGCCAUUAUAUCAGUCAACCCAAUCUGGCAUAUACCCUCAUGGGUGCUUCACUGCGCAUGGCAGCAGCUUUGGGCUUACACAAAGAGUUUGCAGAAACUCGCCAAAUCCCAAGCCCGGCUAAGAUCGCUUCCAUGGACUUGAAGCGCCGUGUCUGGUGGUCUCUCUUCUGCAUGGAUACAUGGGCUUGCAUGACACUGGGUCGGCCUAGUAUGGGUCGAUACGGCUCAACCAUCACAGUCAAACCUCCCCACUGCCGCGACAAGGAAAACGUUCUCGGCAUUCUCCCCCUAGUCGAAAACAUCCGAUUCGCCAAGAUCGCAACGCAAGUGCAAGAAUUCCUGGCAGCAGCACCCCUAGUCAAACAUCAAGAAAUGGCUCAUGCAGACGCCCAACUCCUUGAUUGGUGGGAUAACCUCCCCGCCAUCCUCAAAGAUCACCAGCCCUGUUCCGAAUCCAUCAAUACUGUCCGCACUGUCAUGCGGUGGCGAUACUAUAACCAGCGCAUGCUACUCUACCGACCCACAUUGUUCAGCUAUGCCAUGCGGCGCGUGCCUUACAUUGCCCUGCGGCUGGAGGAACGCACAGCCAUCGAGAAAUGUCGCGAGGUGGCACAGGAAUCUAUUCAGAAUAUCGCUGCCACUGCUCAGCUUAAUCAGCUUUGUGGCUGGAACGCUGUCUGGUGGACUUUCCAGGCUUCUAUGGUUCCGCUGGUCGGGCUCUUCCUUAAUGACCCUACUGUCGAUGAUCCGCGGGCUUCGGUCGAGUCCUGCCAGGCGCAGGUUGAGACUGCUAUGAUGACUCUGGCUCGCAUGCAGUCAUUUGGACAUACGGCGAAGAGAUCGCUGGACGCUAUCUCGCGAAUAUAUGAGGCGAGUAAGCGUGGACAGGUCGCUGAUCCGGACCCUUCUGGUAUUAUGAGUGGCUCUUUUCCUGCUGGCCGGGAUAUGUCUGCUAUUUUCUCACCGGCUGAACCUGCUCGUACUACUAUGCCCAUGACUGACAGUGGGUUCCUUGACCCGCUGAGUACCCCUUUCGAAAACGAUUCCGGAGGUCAGUAUCUAUGGGAGUAUUUGAGUUGGAGUGACAAUAACCUGUGGCCGGGGAUCGCCGCGGACAUCGAUGGACGCAAUGAUGCCAUGGCUUUGCUGACGCCUGAACAUGAAAAAGGGCCAAAGUACGGAGAACAGCCGUAUUUCGAUCCUAUGCCUGAUCCUGGGUAUUUUGUAAAUCAGGCUCUCUACUACUGA